UUUUGAGGCUCAGUUUGGUCUCCAGGCUGACUAUUUUUCUCUUAUCUGUCUAACGACUCUAACCCAUCAUCGCCAAACGCGCCAUCUCAAGGUCGAAGCCUAGAAGCGCCCAAGGCCACCGGAAGAAGGCGAAAUCAAUUCGUGUUCGAUUCUUUAUCUGAGAAUCAGCCAUGUCGGCCCCUGAAGUGCUGCAGAAAGAACAUGAUCUGCUCAUGUUUUCUGCCCUAUUUGACCAUCCCAAAGAAAAUAAUCCAAAAUCCCGAGGAUUGGCUAUCGAGAAGAGGAUCGAGUACCUUGAGAGCCUGACUGGAACUUUCUUGUUUCAGGUUAGCAAUCGAAGAUCACGGCGAUGGUUAAACGAUCGUCUUUUGAUGGAACUUGUUCCUCGUUUAAAUGCACAAGAGAUUAGAGGCUUGUUUGCUCCACCACCUUGGGGUGAGGAUGUUCCACCGUCACCAUUUUCCAUGACAGAUGUUGGGGAGUGGGAUAAAUUUAGGAAUAUUGACAUGGACAAAGAGGCAACCAUCAUUGAAGCCAUGGAAAACUCUUCAUCAAAAAGGGGCAGUCAAGGAGAUUCUGAUAAGAGGGCUGUACUGAAUGCUUGGCAUAGAGUAGAUUCUCGAACUAGAGGGGCACUUCGCCGUAGCUUUCUUUCAGAUCUUGUUAAUGGAUUUGAGGAGUGUAUACGGGCCUUCGUCAAUGAGAGUGGCGAUGGAGAUGGGGAUAGGGAUGGAGACCUGCUUAUACUGCACGUUCAAGAUCCUUUUCAUAGGCUUUUGCUGCAUGGUGUCUGUGAGUUCUACAACCUGGUCUCAGUAACACAUACGCAGACUAAAGGCAAAGAGUCGGUGAAGACGACGAAGAUAAAGAAGAAGAAAGGAGCAUCCGUUGAGCUCCCUAACAUUACCCUCUGCCAGUUCCUGAGAAUGGCUAAGGAGGGGAUUUGGUAACGUCGAGCCGCCCCAGGAUCCCAAGUGUUGUAAGAUAAGCAAUCCAUUGGUGAUUGCAAUGGACAGGAACACAAGUCAUAUAACGUAUUUUAUAUGAUUAUGACCUUGUACACAUCACCUUCAUUUAACCUUAACAUUAAUCCCCGGGUGUAGCGGGAAAGUUAGCUCUUGAUUCAAUAAUACUAUGUUUCUUUCUA